GCCGCCGCCACCUACUCACGUGCUACCCACCGGGGUACCUGUGGUGGCGUCGGCAGUGGCGCCGGUGACUGCUGCGGGACCUGCGGGGCUGCAGGCUGCAGGUGGUCUGAGUGUGGAUCCAGUGCUGCUGCUGCAGCAGGGCGUGUUGGGCCCGAGCUCCCCCAUCGCGACGCCUUGCUUGCUGUUGAAAAACAUGUUUGACCCGGCGAGUACGGCGGGCGAUGCGGCGACUCAGCAGGCGGCGGCGGCGACGCUGGCGGAGGAGGUGGAGUCGGAUGUGAGGGAGGAGUGCGCGAGGUUUGGGGAGCUGGUGCAUGUGUGGGUUGACGCCAAGGCAAAGGGCUUUGUGUACCUCCGUUUCACUACGACGCACGCAGCGGAGGCUGCGCACCGCGCCUUGCAUGGCCGCUGGUACGGCGGCCGACAGAUUGUUGCGGAGUUCCAGUUCCUCCAGGUGUAUAACAGCCACUUCAAGCUGGCCGCGACGGGGACCAAGUGACGGCAACCAAAUGACCAUGGCGGCGGAGCUAAACGGCAACAGCAACAUCGCUGCUUGUGGUGAUGGCCUUUCUUUCCACGUGGUUGGAUUGCUGCUGCCGGCUAAGCAGGCUUUCGUCGCAAAUCAGCGCUGGCCAGCAUGUACGGCAUAACCGUCGUACCGUCUUACAAUAUGUUGCUGACGAGUACUCGUCUCAUGCAGGCCGGCGGGACAGCAGCUGCUGCCGUACAACCGCAACAACAGCAUCCGAGAAAAACGGAACUUUGGGAUAUCCGAUGGUUUGGGCGGUCUAGCGGGAGUCAAGAGGGGCUGAUGUGCAGGGGCGGCGGGGCUCAUUGCUAAUGGGUCCACUUCGGGCACCAUGGGAUUAGAAAGACUAAAAAUUACGAUUGGCUUCUGACCGCAAGGCGUCGGGGCUUUGGGGCAGUGUUCGGGCCUACUGGACAUGCAAUUUAUGCAUGGGGCUUGUGCCUGCUAGGGCGUGCGUCUUACGCUCACCCCUGCUUGUUGCACUCUCGUAUGCACGCCACCAAUCGUAGUUGCUGCCCUUGCUUAGGUGCCCGCCUGCCACCUGGACUGGCUGUGACCCACGGGUCGGGCCUUACACCUAAUGGUCAAGAUCAAGCAGAGCAAAGGUAUUUAAGGCUGUUGGCUCUUGUUACCGUUUACGAAAUGGGCUUCUUUGCGUUCAUCUGGCACACGAAGCCACAUGACGUCUUUAACGUCUUUGCGGGGUUGCUUGUCUGACAUUUCACACUUGUACAGGCGGCCGGCGGCGACACGUGGCAAGUAAGCAGAGUAGGCUGCAGCUGUUUGUGUUCGUACUGCAGGGAUUGCUCUGUUGACACAUCUGGGUGGUUGCAUUUAAGACAACCCCCUUAUGAGUGAAAAAUGCCACCGAUGAUUGCUGGAAAUGGUUUACCUUGUUUUUUGAACAACCAGAGCAGUGCUUCGGUACUGAUGUAGUAGGUCGCCUUUGCAAAUGAGCGGAAGUGUGCUUGAGGGCUUUCGCAACGUAC